AUGCGUAAGGUAUUCAACCGCAGAAACAAACCGGGCAGCAGAUCGCAGAGUCCUUGGCGGUCUUCCUCGUCUGAUUCGAGCUCAACAAAAGCGCUUCCUGAGGCGGCGGCCGGGCCUUACUGGGUCGGUGUGGCCUCGGACUGUAAUUCAAGAUACCGCAAGUCGAUGGAAGACUCGCACACCUGGCGCCUCAAGUACAUGGACGAGCCAGACAGCGGCUUUUUUGCCGUGUUCGAUGGCCACGCUGGCGCCCAAGCCGCUACCUACUGCUGCAAGGUGAUUCCUUACACGCUUGCGCAGGAGCUGCGUGAAAAAGAAGCGACGGCGCCGCAGGCGCUAUUCAAGACGUUCAAAAGCAUAGACAAGCAACUCGAGGAUCAAAACAUCAAAAAUUCCGGCAGCACGGCAGCCGUUGCGCUCGUCCGCACAGAAGGUGACGGCAGGGGACGGCGACUGUACGUUGCGAAUGUCGGAGACACGCGGGUGGUUCUGAAUCGCGGCGGCAAAGCGCUGCGGUUGUCGUACGACCACCGGGGAGGCGACGCCAACGAAGGCAAGCGUAUCUAUAAUGCGGGCGGCUUGCUUAUGAACGGACGUGUAAAUGGAGUCCUCGCCGUCACCAGAGCAUUGGGCGAUCUGUACAUGAAGGAGUAUGUGGUUGGCGAUCCCUACACCACAGAAACCGCGCUUGGUCCCUACGACGAGCAGCUGAUUAUUGCCUGCGAUGGACUGUGGGACGUGUGCAGCGACCAGAAGGCCGUCGACCUCAUCAAAAAGCUGUCCAGCCCCGAGGAAGCCAGCAAGCGGCUGCUGCAGUACGCCCUGGACAACUUCAGCACAGACAACCUGACGGUCAUGGUGAUCAAUCUCGCCGAAAACUAG